CUCGGUUGACAGCUCGGCUUUUUUCCGAUUAGCGCGCGCUCUUUCGCACUGCCGGCGUCACCGCAAACGAAAGCUGCAGCUGUUGUGUUUGUCCACCUCGGGUCUGCCAGAAGCUGGUUUCAUUCGCACAUCAGAUCUCGCAGGUGCGCGCGCGUGUUUGUGUGUUUGUGUGUGGUUCCGUGUGUGCGGGUAGUGCUUGCCAACAAAACAAGCGAACAGCGAGGGUGAUUACUGGUGUGUUUUUCGGUCCAAUAUUCUGCUCUGGUCGAGGACAUCCGGCAGCAGCAGCAGCUUCCCCACAGCAACAAACCCGCCGUUGCCGCAGCCUACUGCGUUGAGAAUAACGAUCUUGGUUGGGAACGUAAAGAGAAGCUGCUCUGGUACGCGAAGAAUAAGCCGCAGCAAUGACCGACAUCCGGGCAAUGUUUGCCAACCAGCAAAAUGGCUCGGCAGCUGCCGCCGCGGCCGCCACAGCGAGCCCGAAGAUUGGCGGUAAAUCGAUCGAAAAGAUUUACCAGAAGAAAUCGCAGCUAGAGCACAUCCUGCUCCGACCGGACACAUACAUCGGGUCGGUUGAGAUGGUAAAGGAACCGAUGUGGAUAUUCGACAAGGAGGCGAACAAGAUGGUGCAGCGCGACAUCACGUACGUCCCGGGGCUGUACAAGAUCUUCGACGAGAUACUGGUGAACGCGGCGGACAACAAGCAGCGCGACCCGAAGAUGAGCACGAUCAAGGUGGAGAUCAACCAGGAAACGAACACGAUCUCGGUGUGGAACGACGGCCACGGCAUACCGGUGGUGAUGCACAAGGAGGAAAAGAUGUACGUGCCGACGAUGAUCUUCGGGCAUCUGCUCACCUCAUCGAACUACAACGACGAGGAGGAGAAGGUGACGGGCGGCCGCAACGGGUACGGUGCGAAGCUGUGCAACAUCUUCAGCACCAAGUUUACGGUCGAGACGGCGUCGAAGCAGUACAAGAAGUGCUUCAAGCAGACCUGGGGCGACAACAUGUCCAAGACGACGGAGCCGAAGAUCAAGGAGGACUUUUUCGGCAACGACUACACCAAGAUCACCUUCUCGCCCGAUCUGAGCAAGUUCAAGAUGGAGAAGCUGGACGACGACAUCGUCGGGCUGCUGUCGCGCCGUGCGUACGAUGUGGCCGCGUCGACCCGGGGCGUCAGCGUCUACCUGAACGGGACGCGCGUGCCGGUGAAGAACUUCAAGGACUACAUCGAUCUGUUCCUGCGCGACACGACCGACGACGUGGGCGCACCGGUGAAGAUGUGCUACGAGUCGGUGAACGAGCGCUGGGAGGUGGCGGUGGCCAUCUCCGAGCGGGGCUUCCAGCAGGUCUCGUUCGUGAACUCGAUCGCGACGACCAAGGGCGGCCGGCACGUCGACUACGUGUCCGACAUGAUCGUGAAGCAGCUGAUCGAGGUGCUGAAGAAGAAGAACAAGGGCGGCGUCACGAUCAAACCGUUCCAGGUGAAGAACCACAUGUGGGUGUUCAUCAACUGUCUGAUCGUGAACCCGACGUUCGACUCGCAGACGAAGGAAAACAUGACGCUGCAGUCGAAGAGCUUCGGCUCGAAGUGCGCACUGUCGGAGAAGUUCAUCACGGCCGUGUCGAAGAGCGGCAUCGUCGAGUCGGUGCUGCAGUGGGCCAAGUUUAAGGCGCAAACCGACCUGGCCAAAACGUCCGGCUCGAAAAAGUCGAAGAUCAAGGGCAUCCCGAAGCUGGAGGACGCGAACGAUGCCGGCUCGCGCAACUCGCUCAACUGCACGCUCAUCCUCACCGAGGGAGACUCGGCCAAAACGCUCGCCGUGUCCGGGCUGGGGGUGGUCGGGCGCGACACGUACGGCGUGUUUCCGCUGCGCGGUAAGCUGCUGAACGUGCGCGAGGCAACGCACAAGCAGAUCCUGGAGAAUGCGGAAAUUAACAAUCUGAUCAAGAUCCUCGGCCUGCAGUACAAGAAGAAGUACCUCACGAUGGACGAUCUGAAGACGCUCCGGUACGGCAAGGUGAUGAUCAUGACCGAUCAGGAUCAGGACGGGUCGCACAUCAAGGGGCUGCUGAUUAACUUCAUCCACACGAACUGGCCGGAGCUGCUGCGGCUGCCGUUCCUGGAGGAGUUCAUUACGCCGAUCGUGAAGGCGACGAAGAAGAAUGGCGAGGAGCUGUCGUUCUUCUCGCUGCCCGAGUUCGAGGAGUGGAAGGCGGAAACGGCCAACUCGCACACGUACAACAUCAAGUACUACAAGGGUUUGGGUACGUCCACGUCGAAGGAGGCGAAGGAGUACUUCCAGAACAUGGAGCGGCACCGGAUCCUGUUCCGGUACGAGGACACCGGGGACGACGAUGCGAUCAUGCUCGCCUUCUCGAAGAAGGCGAUCGAGCAGCGCAAGGACUGGCUGACGGCGCACAUGGAGGAGUGCCGGCACCGGAAGUCGGUCGGGCUGCAGGAGCGCUACCUGUACACGAAGACGACCAAGGAGAUCAGCUACAAGGACUUUGUCAACCUGGAGCUGGUACUGUUCUCCAACUCGGACAACGUGCGCUCCAUUCCGUGCAUGCUGGACGGGUUGAAGCCGGGCCAGCGCAAGGUGCUGUACACGUGCUUCAAGCGUGACGACAAGCGCGAGGUGAAGGUGGCCCAGCUGGCCGGUUCGGUGGCGGAAAAGUCCGCCUACCAUCACGGCGAGAUGUCGCUCUGCUCGACGAUCAUCAACCUGGCGCAGAACUACGUCGGCAGCAACAACAUCAAUCUGCUGUACCCGGGCGGUCAGUUCGGUACGCGGCUGACGGGUGGCAAGGACAGCGCCAGCCCCAGGUACAUCUUCACGAUGCUGUCCGCGCUGACGCGGCACAUCUUCCAUCCGCUCGACGAUCCGCUGCUCGAGUACCAGUACGAGGAUAAUCAGCGCAUCGAGCCGGUUUGGUAUCUGCCGAUCAUUCCGAUGCUGCUGAUCAACGGGGCGGACGGUAUCGGCACUGGGUGGGCUACGAAAAUCCCCAACCACAAUCCGCGCGACGUGAUUGCCAACAUUCGCCGCAUGCUGAACGGCGACGAGCCGAAGAUGCUGACGCCAUGGUACAAAAACUUCCGCGGUGUGAUCGAAUCGGUCGGACAUCAGAAGUACCUCACCGCGGGCACUGUGGGGCUGCUGGAUGGGAAGAAGAUUGAAAUUUCCGAACUGCCGAUCGGCACGUGGACGCAAACGUACAAGGAGAACGUGCUGGAGCCGCUGCUGCACGGGUCGGACAAGGCGAAGGCGGUCAUUGCCGACUACAAGGAGUACAACACGGACACGACCGUGCGGUUCGUCAUCUCCUUCCUGCCCGGCGAGUACGAGAAGCUGUACGCGGAGGAGGGCGGCUUCCACCGGCUGUUCAAGCUGACCAGCUCGAUCUCGACCGCGUCGAUGAACGCGUUCGACGACAAGAACUACCUGAAGCGGUACGCGCACGCGAACGAAAUCUUCAUGGAGUUCUACACGGUGCGGCUCGACUUUUACGGCAAGCGGCGGGCGUACCUGCUCGGCAUGCUGCAGGCGGAAGCGGACAGCCUGUCGGACAAGGCGCGCUUCAUCAUGGAGAAGUGCAACGGCACGCUGGUGGUGGAGAACAAGAAGCGCAAGGCGCUGAUCGACGAGCUGAUCAAGCGCGGCUACCGGGCCGACCCGAUCCAGGAGUGGAAGCGCCGGGUGCAGACCAACGACGAGGAGGAGGAGGACCAGCAGGGCGAGGGCGAGGAGGAGGAAGAGCAGGAGGACGUGAAGCCGGGCAAAUCGACGGCCGGCAAGGGCAAGGGCGCCGGCAGCUCGUCGGUCGAUCCGGAGAAAGCGUUCCAGCGGCUGACCGAUGUGAAGAAGUUCAACUACCUGCUGGGUAUGUCGAUGUGGAUGCUGACGGAGGAGCGCAAGAAUGAGAUACUGAAGCAGCGGGACCAGAAGCUGGCCGAGCUGAAGUCGCUGGAAGCGAAGACGGUGCAGGGCCUGUGGAUGGACGAUCUCGAUGCGCUGUCGCGCAAGCUGGACGAGGUGGAGGAGAAGGAGCGGCUCGAUGCGAUCAGCACGGAGAAGAAGCUGAAGGCGGGCAUGAUGAAGGCGAGCGCCGGCGGUGGUCGUGCGAAGGCCGUUUCGCGCAAGACGGCCAUCGACGACACGAAGCCGAGCGUCGAUGCCGAGCCGGUACAGUUCCGGAUGUCGGAGGAGAUGAUCAAGCGGCUGGAGCGGGCCGUCGCCGGCAAGGUGAAGAAGGAGAAGAAGGAACCGGGCGAGAAUGGGGAGGAGGGUGGCGGCGAGAUGGAUGAGUUCGAUGCGCUGGUGGAGGGUGGUACGGCGGGCGACAAGCCGAAGCCGAAACCGCGCGUCAAGAAGGAGCCGAAGGAUCCGAAAGCGCCGAAAGCACCGCGAGCGCCGAGGGUGAAGAAGGAGAAGGGUUCGCCGGCCGAGAAGGGCAAGCGUGGACGGAAGAAGAAGGCCACAUCGUCCGACGAGGAGGAUGCCUUCAACUCGGACCUGAGCGGGGAUGAUUUCGCUUCGCCGGUGAACGUCCCAACACGGGAGAAGACGGGGCGCCGUGCAGCUGCUGCCAAGAAGGUGAACUAUUCCGCAAUGGACAUGGGCGACGAUGGCGAGGAUGACGAUUUCAACCGUUCCGAUGACGAAAUGUUCGACAACAAUCCGGAGGGUGGCCGCAAGCCGGGCGCCGCCGAUGACAGCGAUGUGGAGGUGCAGGAUGCGCCCGGUGCCUCCGUGAUCGAUCUCGACGACGACGACGACUCGUCGCCGGUGAAGAAGAAGCCGGGCCCGGUGAAAAAGCGUGCCCUUGGUCCGAAGGCGACGGAAACGACGGCGGGUACCAAGCGAGGCCGCAAGCCAGCGGGAAGCAGUAGCGAAACGGACAAACCAGUAAAGAAAGCAAAGAAGAAGGUCAUCGACUCUGAGGAGGAAGAUUCGCCGUCGAUGGAUGACGAUGAUGAUUCGGACUUCUAAUAUGGGCGGUUGGCCGGGAGAAGUAGGAAGAGAGAAAGAGAGAGAGAGAGAGAGUUCGUGAUUUUACUUUGUACACCAACCGUAGCGUUGAAAACCCCUUUAUAUGAUAAUUUUAAAACAAGCCCCAAUUUAUAUAAGCGCCGCUGGCCACCCCACCCCCCAAAAUGAUGAACUGCGCGCACACAGAGACACAGAGGGGAGAUAGAGAAGCAAACGAAGUAGUGUUUAGAAUAUUGGAGGGAAAUGAAAAGAAGAAAUAAUUACGGAACGAUGAACUAAACAGAAGCAGAAGCAGCAGUGGCAGCGGCAGUAGCCGUUCUAAUGUAUUUCAUUUCUUGUGCCGGCUAAAAGGUAAGCGAUUAUAGAAGUAUUAGAAGCGAAUAGAUGCUUUAAACAUGAUGGCACGUUUGUUUUAUGAGUGUGUGUGUGUGUGUGUCUGUGUACGUUUUGUGAAUGGUUUUCUCUCGAAAGAGGGUAGAGUUUAGUGGGAAAAGGGGUUUGGUCUCAAAAGUAGAAGCUUUUUUCCCUCCAUUUUGAGAGAAAGCGUUCGUGAUCCGUUUCACGACGUCACUACACAAACACUACACACGCACAUCAGAAAAGCCCACAAUUGGCAGUGUCCUGGUGUGUCCUGGCCCUUUCCCUUACAGUUACAGUGCAGUGGAUUGUAACAGAACCAUGAGGGAUUAGUAAUACAAACCUUCUUUUGUCAGCUAAAUUAGCAGCAAUAAAAAUACACUCUCUAUCUGGUAGGGCCCGAAUAAAAGCAAAUUAUAUGACACAGCCAACAACAUUGCUAGAAUAAGAAGUGGAAGAGGAUGGAUUGUUUUCCCCCGCGCCUAUAACUGUAACCCGGUCUCACUACUCCGGCGUGUUUAGAGCGGGUUAGCGGGGCUCUGGGUGCGAUUGUAGGUUGGGCAUCUGUAGUAGUAUUUUACACAACUUAAACGUAUAUCAAACUGAAUACAUUACCGUAAAACCAGAUAUAAGUACCAUGUACAAUUUACAUUUACAACCAGAAACCACUUCCCCCCGGUCGCGGAAGCUGAAAAAAAUCGACAUUCUCACAUUGCGCAAAACGCAGAAUGUUGUCCCGUUUACUGCAACAGAACAGAAAACUUGAAUUUUAAAUGUAAAACAAAAGAAUAAAAACGUGUGUGUGUGUGUAUGUAUGUAAGUUCAAAAUGUACUCUUCUCUCCUUACUAACCACUACACUUUCCAACUCUCCAUAUAGAAUUUGGCCCCCUCGUACUUGAUAGAAAUUGCCAAAGUGGAUCCGGAUUUGUUUAGUUUUUUUUCGUCGUCUAAAUUAAAAUUAAUACUUCAAAUAAACACUGUAGAUACUUUGUA